AUGUUUUUGUCUAUUCAGAAGAAAGGAUUAUCAUUUAUUGAAGAAUUAAUUGCAAUGAUGAUCAUAUUAAAGAAAUAACAUUAAUUAAAGAAAUUUGCAUCUGCCAUCAUAAUAGUGGUACCUUACAUUUAACUUCUAAUUUUGACAAUAGAUUUGAGAUUAAAUGAAAAUACAAAGAAAGAAUCAAUUCAUUUUAAAAUUGUAAGAAAUUUAAUAAGGCCAGAUUUAUGGUUAAUUGAAAAUGGAAAUGAAUAUUAAUCCCUAAUGUUUAUAAUUGUACUUAUAAUAAUAUUGAUUUAAAAAGCAAAACUCAUAAUAAUAGUAAUAUUAUAUUAUUAUUUUUUAAACAAAGACAAUCUUUUAGCUCAUUUACAAAAUAAUCUUUAUUUUAAGAUUCCUGUUGCCAUUUUAUGUCUCUACUAAUAGAUAAAUACUUAUAUAUUGUAUUAAUGGUGUAUAUUAAUAUGCGUAUGCAGUAUUAGAACUCUUUUCAUUUAUAUAGAUACUGACAAAUAAUUUUUAAACAUAUUUCUAAUAUUUUUAGUUUUAAUAACUUUAAUAUUAGUAGUUUUAGAUAAUAUAUUGCAUAUAAAAGUAAUAGAGAAAUCUAUUACACUGAAAAUAUCUGGAUUGGAAAGAAAUUAUAUAAGUAGUUUGAGAUAUAUAUCUUUAAUAAUAGAAUUUAUAGUUUAAUUUCUUUAUAUCUUUUAAAAGAGUUCAUCUUUGACAAUGCAUUUAUUGAUUGGAUUAUCUUUAUUAAAAUGUAGUUUAGAUCUAAUUGAUCAAUUUAAAAAUUAUGUUUAUGUAAAUCAAAAAUUAAUUUAAUUCUUAUUUUAUGGAAUUUCAUUUUCUAUUAUAAUCAAUAGCUAAUUAGAAUUAAUUGAAUUAUAGGAUAAAUAUGGUUCAAGAAUGAUGUUUUAGACACUUGUAUUGACUCCUAUUUUAUAUUAAAUUCUAUUAAAAUAUUAUUAAAGAGAUUAAUAGUAAAAUUUGCUUACAAUGUUUAAUGAAUAAAUUAGAUCUCCAAAAAGAUUUAUAUAUCACAUAAUUAGCAUUUUAAAUGAACAUUGUUUGGAAUUUUGUACUGUUCAAAGAUCUCUUAUUCAAUAAGAACAUUAUAAAAAAUGUAAAAAUUUAACAUGUUCAAUUUGUGGACAUCAAUACAUCUUAGAUACUCGAUCAGCUUAAGGAAUUACUACAGAAAUAUAUAAAGAAUUUAUAUAAUCAAGAUUAAUACUUCUAUUAAAGGAUUCUUUAAAAUUAAAUUUUACUGAUUAAAAAAGUUGCAAAUAUUCAAAAAGAACAUUUCUCAAUUAUGUUUAUCUUUUAUAUGAUUUUGGAUGGACAAUGUAAUCAUUGUAAUAUUUACAUUAAUUAAAAAAUGCUUAAUAAAUACAAUAAUCACCAUAGAAAGGAAUUAAAAAUCAUCUAGGCACAUUACCUUAAAGCAAUUCAUAUUCUGAUAGAAAUAGUCAUUAUGUGAUUGGAGAUAAUUAAACUAAUUUUUCUUAGCCUUAGAAUAUUGAUACAAAUAUUUAAUUUUAAAUUAAUAUUUUGUUAAACUAAAUUAAAUUUAAUUUUCUUGAAUCAAUUUGUAUUUCAGUAAUAUUAGAAGAAGCAAGAAGAACAGUAUAAAGAAAUUUUGGAACAGAUGAUUAUGUUUAGUAAUAAUCAAUCACUUCUGAUUUUGUAUCUUAAUAUUUAUUAAAUGAAAUUUAAGUUUCAAAAGCAAUUAAUAUAAUAAUCAAUAUGGCUAAUUAAAAAAUUAAAUGUUAUGAAGAAAUGUUAAAAAUUAAAUCAAAUGAAAAAAAAAUCAAUUUUUAUGAAAAUAAUCAGGGUUACUUAAGCUUAAUUGAAAAAUGUAAAUAAUUGAAUGAUGGAGAAUAAAAGAUAAUUUAAAUGUAUAAUUUUUAUCCAAGUUUUAUUUUGCAUUAAGCCUUAAAUAUAUUUUAUUGUUUUAUUUAAAAUGAUUAUGAAAAAGCAAUUCAAUUUUCAAGAAGUUAAAAAUUCAUUGAUGAAAGAUAAUUAAAAUUUUUAAAGAUUAAGAACUUUAAUGUAAAUUCAAAAGAGAUUUAUUAUUUAAUUAUGACAUUAUAAGAUGAUAUGCAACAUUUAAAUAUAUAAAGUCAUUCAACUUAACUAUUCAAUAUUUUUGGAACAUUUCGAAACAUUGGAGAAACUUAUCUAUUUGAAGAUUUAGUUCCAUUUAUAAUAGCAAAUUACCAUCAUCAUUUUGUUAGAUAAUUUUUAGAAACUGGAUUAUGUAAAUUCUUUAAGAUUUUUGAUAUUAAUUUCAUAGUUUCUAAAGAUUAAUUUAUUUAAGCAGUCUAUUUAAAUGUUGAUGUAACUGAAUUAUUUUUGAAAUCAAAUUUAACAUUUUCAGCCUUUUUUUAACCUAUCACAGAAGAGUUGAUGUUUAUUUUAGUUGAUGAAGUAAAACAUUAGUGUUUAUUUACAAAAAGUAUUUUAAUUCAAAUUGGUUGGUCUUCUGAAUAAAUAGAAUGGUUUAAAACUAAUAAUGAUAUGAAUAAAAUUACUAUAGAAAAAAUUAUCCCAGACUUUUUGGAUAUUCUUGAAUCUCUUAUAAAGUUAACUGAAAUCUCUCUUAGUUAAAUUGAAUUAAUCUUUCCAAAUCCUCCUGAUAGAUUACAAUAAAAAUUAAAUGAGUUUUAGACUCUAAAAAGCAUUCGAAAUAGCUAUUUUAGAUCAAAUACAAUUUAAUACAUAAAAUAUUAUUGUGAUCUCACUAUCCGAAAAAGAUAAAUUAUAAAUUAUACUUAUUAUGUUAUUCAUAUAUCUUAUAUUUAAAAAUAAUAAAAUUUCGAGAGCUAAAUGGAGAAUUUUAUAAAUAAAUAAAAAUCUUAUGUGAUUGAUGAAUGUGAUUUUGAUAGUGAAAUAGGUGAAUUAGAAUUCAAAAAUCAAAAUUUAAUUUUUUAAGAGUUUUAAAAAUAAGUAAAACAUACUUCUUAUAAAAUAUAAAAAAAUUAAAGUUUAUUAUCUAAUUAUUUAAAUGAUCAAAUUUAAGAAGAGAUUAUUAGUCCAGGUAGAAUAUGUAUUACAAAUCAUAAUAAUUAAGAUUAAAAUGAGGUAUAUGAAAUUAAAGAAUUACUUAAUUCUAAUAAAAAUAAUUAAUAAUAAUAUUUUUGUCAUGAAGAUUAAAUGAAAGAUUGUUCAUCUUAUGAAUUAAUUAUUUCUUAAUUUACAAAAAAAUAAGGAAAAUUAUAAAAAACAAAAACAUUGAAUGAUUUAUCAAAAUAAAGUCUAUAGAAAAAAUAUGAUAUUAUUCAUAGAAUGUUGUAAAAGUCAAAGCCAAAAUAUUUAUUUCAACUCUUAAUUUACACUUUCUUACUUUUUUUUUGCUUUUUAAUGAUAAUCAUUUUUAUAAUAUAGGAAUUAAGUAAUGAUUUAAAUCUUUUAAUUAAAUAAAUUGAAAUGCUAUAACUACAUGCAAAUAUUAUGGGUCCAUAUGAUCUAUUUUUUUCAAUGAGAAUUACUGUUACAUCUUAUUAAAUAUAAUAUAUGGAGGGAUUCAUAAAUGCUAAAGAGCUAUAAGUUCUCACUGCUCCGUUCUUAUAGUAUUUGCCUUUAGGUUAUUAAGAAUUAUAGGAAAACUUUUAUACAUAAUUAAAUAACCCUUAUUUAGCUUAAUUUUUAAAUGAUGUCAAUAUCCCAGUUUGGUUUAUGGGGGAAAAUUCUUCUAGAAUCUAUUCUCAAAAUGUUACAUUUAGAGAUAAUCUAUUUAUUAUGCUUUAAUAUUAACAAUAAUAAUUGUCUGCAUAUAAAUUUAAUCGAGCAAUUGCUGGUCAGCCAUUUUAGAUUUUUUUAAUUGCUAAUUAUUUAAUUAUGUAAAACAUUUGUGAAAGUUUAACAAGUGAGAUAAAAAUAUAUUCUCAAUUAAAAUGCGAUUAAAUUUAUUUAAAAUGGUUCAUUCUAUUGACUUGCUUUGUUUUUAUUUUUGUUUUAUUGUUACUAAUUGUAUUUUAUUACUAGAAAAAAUAUUUAACAUCAUAUGAUCUAAUAAUAGGAUUAUUAAGACACAACACUGAGGAAAUUAUAUUAAAUGAAAUAUCAAGAUAGAGAUCAUUACUAAAUAUUAUGUCAGAAAAUAUGUUAGAAAAAUUUCAAUUAGAAAAAGAAUAUAUUUAAAUUAUAUAAAUCUAAAAUUAAAAUUUUAAUGCAAAAUAGAAUUAAUUAAUAUAUCACAAAUUCUCUUAAAAAUAUCCAUAAUAUAAAUAUAAUAUAGCAAACAUAACUUUAUUGAUUUUAUUUAUAAUAUAUGGAAUAAUAAUUUUUUUGGAGGCAUAAAAAUAUUUAACUAAGUACAAUCUUACAACUGAUUUUUUUAAACUAAUAUAAGAUUUAAAAUUUCGUGGAGGAAAUGGUUUUCUUUAUAGGGAAAUGUUUUUUCGUUUCUCAAGCUAUCCAUUUUUAACAAAAUCAGACUCUGAAAAUUUAUACAUUUUAUUAAAUAGAUCUUAAAGCGUUUUGUAAGAAUUUAAUUCUAUAAUUGAAACAAUUCACUAUGAUGAUUAUUUACUAACUUAAAAUUUUAUCGAUUUAUUAGAAUUUUUAUAAGUAAAUGAGAUGUGCUCAUAAAUAAAUGAGGUAUAGAUAUAAAGUAAUUUAGAGCUUUAAACCUUUGAUGGAUUAAUAUUGUAUUUUAUCAUUUGAAGGAAUUCUAUCAAAAGGAAUAGUUUCAGCUCUUACUUAUCUUUACAACUAAAUCUAAACUCAGUAACAGAUGAAUAAUUUUACAAAAAGAGUAGAAACACAUAAGUAUGAAUUAGAAGGAUCUUAAAUAAUAACAAGAGCUUUUUUUGCCUUAUCAGAUAAUUUUAAGAUUAGUUUUAAAGAUAUUACAGAUCAGACUAUAAGAAAUUUUAAUGUAAAUAUAGUUUAUAAUUUAGAAUAUCUCAAUGAGCUAUUUGAUUUUAGGUUGCGUAACAUUUUUAAUUUUGAUUUUAUUCUACCCGAAAUAUUUGAUUAAUCAAUAUUAAUUGCUGAAAAGAAUUGUGUACUUUAUACCACUUCAAAUUUUCUUGACUGAUGGAUAUUUGGAGAGAAAUUUAAAGGAAAUACUAAUAAAAUAAAUGUGA